AUGGCCAAUAAUACUUCAUCCACUUCAUUGACCGCGGAUGAUGGCUUGAAAAUUGCUCACGUAAAAGCGGAAAAUGAACGACGUACACGUAGCGGUAAAUUCACUCUCGGACAAUUACGACAAACUGAUGGUUUGGUGCCGCUACAGUCGGGAACAAAUCAAUUCGAUUCACAGAAAGGUAAAACAGGUUUUGGUAUGCCUCGUAAUACUGCUCUUAACGUGCAAUUUGCUGAUAGUGGUAAAAAAUGGUCAAUUGAGCAAUUGAGAGCUACCGAUUCAAUCAUUCGAUUACAAUCCGGAACUAAUAAAUGUGAUUCGCAGAGAGGAAUGACUGGCUUCGGAACACCACGUGAUGUUCGAGGUAAGCAUUUGAAACGACUAUGGGAAUUAGAAUUUCCGGAAGAAACGAUGGAAGGAAUCUCUGCACCACAAAAUUCCUCCAACGAACCACCUGCUCCACCACCAAAACCAAUUGUUCAUUAA